CGCGCCCGGGCGGGAGGAGCGGGGCGCGUGCGCGGCGCGAGGCCGGCGCCGCGGGUGCCGGUGCCGCAGCAGCGAUGGCGGCGAGUGCCGGGAUGGGCAAGGGCGGCUCUGGCUCCAGCUCCGUCUCCAGUUCCGAGCGGCACGCCCGCCUCCUCCUGGCCCAGAUCAACCGGCUGCGCGCCGGGCACAGCUUCUGCGACGUGCGGCUGGAGGUGGGCCCGGAGGCGUUCUCCGUGCACCGCCUGGUGCUGGCGGCCAGCAGCCCGUACUUCGCGGCGCUGUUCGCGGGCGGCAUGAAGGAGUCCGGGCGGGACGUGGUGCGGAUCGCGGGCGUGGAGGCGGACACCUUCCACACGCUGCUCGACUUCAUCUACACAGGGGUGGUGAGCAUCGCGGAGCACAACGUCCAGGAGCUCAUCGUCGCCGCGGACAUGCUGCAGCUCACCGAGGUGGUGGAGCUCUGCUGCGAGUUCCUCAAGGGCCAGAUCGACCCGCUGAACUGCAUCGGCCUCUUCCAGUUCUCCGAGCAGAUCGCCUGUCACGACUUGAUGGAGUUCACCGAGAGCUACAUCCACGCGCACUUCCUGGAGGUGCAGAGCGGGGAGGAGUUCCUGGCGCUCACCAAGGAGCAGCUCGUGAAGAUCCUGCGGAGCGAGGACCUGAGCAUCGAGGACGAGUACCAGGUGUUCACAGCGGCGAUGCAAUGGAUUCUGAAGGAUGUGGGGAAAAGAAAGAAAUAUGUCGUAGAAGUACUGGAGCCUGUUCGAUUCCCUCUGCUACCAGCACAAAGGCUGUUAAAAUACAUAGAAAGUAUUCCAGAUUUCAGUCUUCGGGUGGCCCUGCAAACUCUGUUGAAAGAAUAUUGUGAAGUCUCUAAGUCUCCCAAAGAGAACAAGGUCAGCAGUUUUCUGCAGGCUUCUAAAGGUCGUCCCCGGAGGAAAGCCAGGAAGUACCUUUAUGCAGUAGGUGGGUACACCCGACUGCAGGGAGGACGCUGGAGUGACAGCAGAGCCCUCAGCUGUGUGGAGAGAUUUGACACCUUCAGCCACUACUGGACCACGGUGUCCUCUCUCCACCAGGCCCGGAGCGGGCUGGGGGUGGCUGUGGUGGGAGGAAUGGUCUAUGCCAUUGGAGGUGAGGACAACUCGAUGAUUUUUGACUGUACUGAAUGUUAUGAUCCUGUUACUAAGCAAUGGACAACCGUGGCUUCCAUGAACCAUCCCCGUUGUGCACUGGGAGUGUGCACAUGCUAUGGUGCCAUCUAUGCUUUGGGGGGCUGGGUUGGAGCAGAGAUUGGCAACACAAUUGAAAGAUUUGAUCCUGAAGAGAAUAGUUGGGAUGUGGUGGGAAGCAUGGCUAAGCCCCGUUACUGCUUUGGGUGCUGUGAAAUGCAAGGUUUGAUUUAUGUCAUCGGUGGUAUCAGCAGUGAAGGAGUAGAGCUGCGUUCUGUUGAAGUCUACGACCCCAUCUCUAAACGCUGGUCUGAGCUCGCUCCAAUGGGCACACGAAGAGCCUAUCUUGGUGUAGCUGCUCUCAAUGACUGUAUCUAUGCUGUGGGAGGCUGGAAUGAAUCCCAGGAUGCGCUUGCUAGUGUAGAAAGAUACUCAUUUGAAGAGGAAAAGUGGGUUGAAGUUGCAUCGAUGAAGAUCCCAAGAGCUGGUGUUUGUGUUGUGGCUGUGAAUGGACUUCUCUAUGCCUCAGGAGGCCGAGCUCCCAGUCCUGAUUUUGCUGCUCCAGUAACCUCUGACUCUGUUGAAGUUUAUAACCCUCACAUGGACAGCUGGACUGAAAUUGCCAACAUGAUCACCAGCCGCUGCGAGGGAGGUGUAGCUGUGCUGUAAAACACAAAGAAGAAAUUACUCAUUCAAGGAAUGAGUAAAUUACAUCUCCUCAGAUUUCCUGUUUCAUUGGCCAGAAACCUCUUUUAACACAGGAGCUUCAGUGGAGAAUUAGAUCAGAGGGAUUUUCCUGAGCAAAAGGAAAAGCCUUCAAAGUAAAUUGGCUUAUCCAGUGUCUGUCUCAGGAAGUAUUCCGUUAAGAGUAGGAAUGCCUCUUAGAACUGGAUUAAGCUCACUGAAAUAAAUGGUGAAUUUGCCCUGUAAAAAUCUGAAGAAAUAAUUCCAACACAUCAGAGACAUUAAUCAGGUUGUUACUGAGGUGGCACUUUAGCCAGACUUGCAAUCUGGAAGUGGGUUAAUGUCAACAGCAAGGAGUUACCCAUAGGUAAGACCAGAUGGGUGAUUUGGAUGGCAUUAGUUCUUUUUCUGGCAGAAAAAGAGAAGAUAAGACACAGGAUAAAAUUGGUGCCUCUGCUUAGAACGUUGAUGCAUUUAAGCCUCUUUUCUGUUGCUGGACAUGGUGGGCAUUAAAUAUGAAUUGGAUCUUUACUUUCUGGCCACUCCACAAAUUUGAAUGGUGAGUGGAUGAGAAUUUCCUGUUAUGGAAGAUUGUCCUCACAGUUCUAAUAAUGCCAUUCUCCUUCAGUGCUGGCUUUUCUUCUCAGUGGUGUCAGUGAUGCCAGUAGAGCUCCUUUUUGUGUCAGCUCUGGUGAAUUUUAAAUGCAAAUGCUAUUCAUUAGAUUGGCUGUUCUGUUUAGCACUGCUCUUAGUAUAAAAACACAGGGAAAGGCUUUUGGCCCCAGAUUUUUUUCCCCAUAGUCAAAUGUGUUUUUACCCUGUGUCACACAUGCUGAGACUUGGCAUUGAAUACUUGCUGUUCUACAAGACACACUCCUUCACCUUCACUACAUCUUGUAUCCUGCCUCAUCCAAAUUUGAGCCAAUGGAGCUUUCUGUGAUAGAAUUAGCUGCAUUUAGUAUUGAAGUAAUGAUACCAGUGUGCUCUUGAGGAGUUUGUAUUUAGCUCGGACACACUUAGUAAAACAAUAGUACAAAGAGUUUGGAGUUAUUUCUAGAUUCAUUUAAUUAACGUAUUUGAAGUUGCUUUUUUCACACUGUGGCUGCAUUUUCAGCACAGCUGUGGAUGAUUUGGAUGGAGUCUGAAGUGAGGCUGCUUGAAUUUUGAUAGACAGUGUUAUUCUGGAUCACCAAAGCACAACUGGAAUGUCACAAAACAGGAAGCCUGGCACUGUGUAGACAAAGGAGCAUUCAUGCUGUUUAGAUCAAUAUCCCCUGUGUAAAAUUAACAAAUUAUUACAUGCUAAGUCCUCCACGGUGAGGUACCUUAAUAAUUGACGUCCUAAAAUCUAACAUAGAGUUGGGCUAAAACAUAUUAGAUGAUGGAGAGUCUCUCUGAUUGUUCCAUAAUCUUUUACUUCAAAGUAUUUCUUAUGUGUCUGAAUUAAUGGUUUGAUUUUUUUUCAAAUAUAAGCUUGUUUGAACUGUUUUUCAUAAUAAAAUGUAUUUUCAGAACUGA